UUACUCAUGUGCGUGUACCCACCCCACAUAUGAGGUUGCCUAUACGACUGGCUAAUUGGUCAACUUGUAAGAAAACCGGACGUCGAGCAUCUUUUGGGCUCACUCCAAUCUAUCCUUGCUUCUCCACUACAUGACGACGAAAUUUCCGGCGAACUUGCCGAACUCGUUGGCUUUGACGAAAUUGAGCUCGUUAUGGACAUUAUAAAAAACCGACAUAGUCUAGUACAAGAACUCCAAGAUCGUAGUAUUUUGAAGAAUUCCGAUGAUUCUGAAGCAGCGAGUCUUGAUCCUAAACGUGCGCGCUUGCGUAUCGAACAGCAACGUCAAGAGAAUUCUGCCAGGCCAUUAUUCACCGGCGUUGCAGGACCGGAAGCUGAGAUCCUUCCCCAUGUAUACACAUCCUCAUCAACGAUCUCUCAAGGCAACGUUCUUUCCCAUUUGGGCACACGAUAUUUGCUUCCUUUAGGCACGCAGCGAAGUAUGAAAGAGGAAUAUGAAGAAGUAAUCAUCCCACCGGCACGUCCAGUUCCACCAAAACAAACGGAACGUUUUGUGCCAAUAAAUGACCUUGAACCGUUAGCAAAAGGAUGUUUUCCUGGAUACGAGACUUUGAACAGAAUUCAAUCCAUAGUUUAUCCGACUGCGUAUGGAUCUAACGAAAAUAUGCUCAUCUGUGCUCCUACUGGUGCGGGUAAAACAGAUGUCGCUAUGUUGACCAUUCUGCGUGUACUUGACCAACAUCGUAAUUCCUCGUCCGUAUCUGGGAAUAUAGGUGCUUCCAUUAACCGGGACUCAUUCAAAAUCAUAUAUGUUGCACCGAUGAAAGCUUUGGCCUCGGAAAUUGUACGCAAAUUCCAAAAACGGCUGAAGUGGUUGUCUAUCCAAGUCCGGGAGUUGACUGGGGACAUGCAAAUGACAAAGGUUGAGAUUGCACAAACCCAAAUUAUCGUUACAACACCGGAGAAAUGGGACGUGGUCACCAGAAAACCGACAGGAGAGGGAGAACUUGCAUCAAGCUUGAAACUUCUAAUUGUUGACGAAGUGCACCUCUUGAACGAGGAACGUGGAGCAGUACUUGAGACCAUUGUAGCCAGAACCCUCCGUCAGGUCGAGUCAACCCAAUCCAUGAUCAGAAUCGUCGGCCUCAGCGCAACUCUUCCCAAUUAUGUCGACGUCGCAGAUUUUCUAAGCGUGUCGAGACAGAAGGGCUUAUUUUACUUCGACUCCUCCUUCCGACCUGUUCCACUGGAACAACACUUUUUGGGGAUCAAAGGCAAACCUGGAAGUUCUCAGGCGAAGAAAAACUUAGACCACGUUACUUUUGAAAAGGUAUCAGAGCUAGUUGCUCAAGGACAUCAAGUUAUGGUUUUUGUGCAUGCUAGGAAAGAGACAGUGAAAUCAGCUCUGGCAAUCCAGGAAGCUGCGCUCGCGGAGGGUUCAAGUGACGACUUUAGCUGCGAGGAUCAUCCACAGUGGUCUUUAUUCCGUCGCGAGAUCGCGCAAUCUAGGAACAAGGAAAUGAAGCAGCUUUUUGAUCACGGUUUUGGCAUUCACCAUGCCGGUAUGUUGCGGUCAGAUAGAAACAUAAUGGAAAGGAUGUUUGAAGCUCGAGCCAUAAAGGUCCUCUGCUGCACAGCUACCCUUGCCUGGGGUGUCAAUCUGCCAGCUCAUGCCGUUGUCAUCAAAGGAACUCAGGUAUACAAUAGCUCAAAAGGCAAAUUCACAGAUCUAUCUGUUCUGGACGUAUUGCAAGUAUUUGGUCGAGCCGGUCGACCUGGCUUAGAAAGUAGCGGAGAGGGUUAUAUCUGUACCUCCGACGACAAACUUGCGCAUUAUUUAGAAUUAGUCACUGCUCAGAAUCCUAUCGAAUCACAGUUCAAUAAGGGCAUCAUCGAUUCCCUCAAUGCAGAAAUAGCUUUGGGCACAGUCGCUAAUACAAACGAUGCUGUUCAAUGGCUAGGAUAUACCUAUCUUUUCGUUCGGAUGCGAAAAAAUCCUAUCGUUUAUGGCAUUGACCGGAACGCAGUCGUAGACGAUCCAAUGCUAGGAAGCAAACGAAAUGAGCUUGUAACACAAGCUGCUCAAGUACUCGUUCAUGCUCGGAUGAUCGAGUUCGACCGUCAAACUGGAGCUCUCAAGAUCACUGACUUGGGCCGUAUCGCAGCACGUUACUAUAUCCAGUAUCAGUCAAUUGAAAUUUUUAACGAGAUUUUUCGACCCAAGAUGUCCGAAGCAGAUGUUUUGGGAAUGUUGAGCAAGAGCACCGAGUUCAACCAAAUACAAAUGAGAGAUAAUGAGGAGCGUGAGCUCAAAGACUUGUUGAACAUCGUUCCCUGUGAGGUCAAGGGUGUCCACACAAUUGAAAGGGAGAAUACUGGUAACAAUGAAGGUGCAGGAGACGUUGGUGUUGUUAUCACAAGUGAAGGGAAAGUGAACAUUCUCCUGCAAGCAUACAUAUCAAGACGUACACUUGAAGAUUUCGCCCUGGUCUCUGACUCUGCAUAUGUUGCUCAAAACGGUGGUCGUAUCGUACGAGCAUUACUGGAGAUAGCCAUCAGUCGAAAAUGGGCGAACGUCUCUGCAGUUUUGAUGGGCAUGAGCAAGGCGAUCGAGAAGCGGCUGUGGCCAUUUGAUCAACCUCUGAAGCAAUUCGACCUCAAAGGGGAUCUUAUCUACCAUUUGGAGAACUGGGGGGAUGACUACUCCCCGGCGGACCUGGCUGCGAUGAGCGCUGAAGAGCUCGGGGAGCUCACUCAUCUUAACUCCAUCCAAGGGAAGGCUUUAUUGAAUGCUGCGAAGCAAUUCCCCACCGUACAAAUCCAGAGUGUACUUCGCCCUCUGGGCUCUGAGGUAUUGAAGGUAGUCGUGCGCCUCACCAAACAAUUUACUUGGGUUAAUAAACUACACGGAACUUCCGAACCAUUUUGGGUCUGGAUUGAAGACCACAACGGAAUCAAUAUUCUCCAAAUGUCCCAUUUGAUUGUGCGGCCAAACACUGAGACGAUACACCUUGAUUUCAUUAUUCCAAUUGCAUACGAACAGACCCCACCGUUCAUCACCAUUCGAUGUGUCUCUGAUAGAUGGUUAGGAGCAGAGAAUGAGAUCGAAGUUUCAUUAGACGGCCUCAUAAUGCCCCGCCCUAUUCGAAGCAUGACUGCCCUCAUUGAUCUCCCGCUUCUCCCUCUCACUGCUCUAAGAAGACCUGAAGUCGAGAUCAUGUAUUCUAGGCGUUUGCACAACUUUAAUUCGCUCCAGACACAGGUUUUAUGGAGCUUGACCAAUACAAAAUCUCAUUCACUCUUUUGUGCACCUGCUGGUAGUGGAAAAUCAUUAAUGGCUGAUAUCGUGGCGUGGAUGACUGCUCUGCAAGCCACAAGCUCUUGGGUUUUAGUAGUAGCACCCCGGCGGAGUUCAGCUGCGGAGAUUAUUUCAGAGCUUCGCUUGGUGUCGCGGAGGUCCAACGCUGCAUUGGAAUUGGCAAACAGCGAGAAGGACCUUCUGCAACGACCAAACGUUCGAACUAUCAGGGUGGUUUCCGCUUAUCAUCUAUUCCAAGCAAUAUCGUUGUGGGAUCCCAGAGUACCACUGUUAGGACUCGAUCUGGUCGUCUGCGAGAAUCUGGAUCAAAUGGAUGGUGUUUAUGAACUGGGUAUUUCGCUGCUGCGCCAUGCCACUCAAAUGACCCCUACACGAUACUUAGGCAUCUCUAAUUCGCUGGAUGAUGCAGCAGAUCUUGCUGCUUGGUUGAAUGCGGAUGAGUCUGCUUUUCACAGCUUCCGUCCAACUGAUCGCAGCCAAUCUCUGAUCACUUCUACACAGUCGUUCACCAUUCCGCAUUCCGGAUCAUUGUUCAAAGCCAUGGCCAAACCCGCUCAUUCCGUCAUCCAACAGGCCAUAUUAGAAGAUUCUGGCAUUGUUUUCGUUUCCUCGAGAACCCAGUGCAAGGCCACCGCUUUAGAUCUUCUCACCCAAUGCGCAUUAGAGGACCAGUCUGAUCGCGGAUAUCUACCACCUGGAGUACACGAAUACAUUCGGGAAGAUUAUUUGACACGUUUGGAAGACAGUUCUCUUACCGACUUCUUAUCGAAGGGUGUCGGCUUCUUCCACGACGGGAUCAAGAGAAGCGACCGGAGCCUCAUACUGCAGCUAUACGCUGAAGGAAUUGUACGCGUACUCAUCGUCCCCCGGGAAGCAUGCUGGUCGUUGCCCGUCCGUGCUGCUGCUGUGGUGGUGAUGGGUACGCAGUAUGUGCAUUUCGCGUCUCAAGUAGACGAACGUCAAGUUCGAGAAUAUGAUUUAACGGAACUAGUGAGAAUGCAAAGUCGUGCUGUAAGGCAUUCCGGCUCUGGUCAAUUUCACUUGUUUUGUCAAGCGGAAGUGAAGGACACGUAUGUGCGGUUCUUGACAGAGGGCUUACCGUUGGAGUCAAAGCUGCUGGAAAAUGUGUUAGAGGAAUGGUUGCAAUCAGCACGGACGCGGGGACAUCUGAAGUCGAAACAGCACUUGAUGGAUUUGCUAUCUUUCACCUUCCUCGCGCGGAGGGUAGUCACGAACCCAUCAUAUUACGAUUGCCAUUCACGUUCACGGGACGAAAACCUGUCCCGUUUUGUCGACCAGCUGUGGUCUUCGGAAUAGUCACUGGUCUCUGCAAAAUUAGUCCACCAAAAAUAAGGUCUAAAGAACUGGCAUUCCAUAUAUAAGCACCAUCAGAACCUCAGACUAUGUACUGUUUGAGCUUCUCAAGACGCUCAGAGGCAUGCUUCAGGGUAUCCAAAUCCUUACAGAAUGCAAAGCGAGCGUAAACUUCCCCGAUAUUGGC